AUGGGUACCGGUUGGGAAUUAACCCAAGCGUUGAAAGACAAGAUCUACAAAUAUGCUUCAUUCAACCAAACCCCUGUAUCUUUAAGACAAAUGGUCCAGUUUGGGCCAACUCCAUCCCCGGGAUCUAUAUUUUUAGCAUCAAAGUUCAUCGUGGAAGAGUUACCAAUAAGAUUGGCAAAAAAAGUGAAAGAUCUAGAUAAUGCCCCAUUGGGUUUAAGCAAAAUGCCGUCCACCAUCAAAGUAAAGAACUGGUAUGCCCAAUCUUUCCAAGAAUUGACAGAGUUACAUAAACCUACAAUAAAUGAAGAGUUAGCUAAACUUUUAUUCAAUGGUGCAACUAAACAACCAGUGCCAGAAGACACCAUAACUGAACAACCACAUAUCAAGAAAGAAAUACAUCACAUACCGGAUUCCAACGAUGACAACCCAGCAAUCAACAACAUCUUCAGUGACGAUGGUAUAGUUGUUCGACAUCAUCACCACCACCAUUCGGUAUCACGAACUUCGGCACGUCAAGGUGAUAGUACACAAGCUCGUGUCGAGUCUCCUACUUAUGGCAUGACUUAUUUCAAUCCAUGUCCUAUUAACAUUGUUUGGCCAAAAGAAGUUUAUGACUACAAUAAGUUGGUGAAAGAGACAUUGGAUGUGAUUAAGAAAAGACACGAUGCCACUGUGGCAACCAUGGCUCAAGGUGUGCAAGAAUGGAAAGCUGAAAACCAAACCGUAUUGGUGAAUUCCCAGAUUCAAACAUUUUUGGAUCGUUUCUAUAUGUCACGAAUCGGAAUCAGAAUGUUAAUUGGACAACAUAUUGCAUUGAAUUUGGCCCAAAAUUCCCCAACCAAACAGAGAUUUAGUGCAUUAAUUAACGGUUCCCAAGGUAACACCAAAAAACCACGCUCAAACUAUGUUGGUGUCAUCUGUACUGAUUGUAACGUUGGAGAAAUAGCUGAAGAUGCUAUUGAAACCGCUAAAUACAUUUGUGAAGAGCACUAUGGGUUGUUUGAAGCUCCUGAAGUACAAUUGAUUGCUCCUAGUCAGGAUAUUAGUUUCAUGUAUGUUCCUGGUCAUUUGAUCCAUAUGUUGUUUGAAACUUUGAAAAAUUCGCUUAGAGCUACUAUUGAAUUCCACACACCAAAAUUGAAACAAGAAUUAAUGGAAAAGGACCCAAGUUUGAAAUAUGAUGAGAUUGACUUGAACGAUUUGAAGUUCCCACCAAUCAAGGUGAUCAUAUCAGAAGGAACUGAAGAUAUUACAAUCAAAGUAUCAGAUGAAGGAGGUGGUAUUGCCCGUUCCUCCUUGCCAUUAGUCUGGACAUAUUUGUACACAACUGUGGAUGAAACACCAAAAUUGGAUUCAGAUGAGACCUCCUUCAAAGCUCCAAUGGCUGGUUUUGGGUAUGGUCUUCCAAUCAGUAGAUUGUAUUCGCAGUACUUUGGUGGUGACUUGAAGUUGAUCUCCAUGGAAAACUACGGUACUGAUGUAUACAUUCAUCUCAAUAGAUUGAGUAGUAGUAACGAGCCGCUUCCAUGA